UCAGAGACCUGAGCGGCCAUCGUGUGAUCAUGAGGGAGACGCCGUUAUCUAACUGCGAGCGGCAGUUCAUCCUGCAGGCCAUCGCCGAGAAGCAGCGUCUUGAUGGAAGACAGACAUAUGAUUAUAGGAAUAUCAAGAUAACAUUUGGAACUGAAUUUGGCUGUUGUAUUGUGGAACUAGGUAAAACAAGGGUGCUUGCACAGGUAUCAUGUGAACUUGUUACUCCUAAACCUAGUCGGCCUACAGAAGGCAUCAUCUUCUUCAAUUUGGAACUCUCCCCAAUGGCAUCUCCUGCAUUUGAAACUGGCAGACAAUCAGAGUUGCUAGUUAAACUGAACCGGCUGCUGGAGAGGUGUCUGAGAAAUUCCAAGUGUAUAGACACAGAAUCCCUUUGUGUUGUAGCAGGUGCAAAGGUGUGGCAGAUUCGUGUAGAUUUGCACUUGUUAAAUCACGAUGGCAACAUUAUGGAUGCUGCAAGCAUAGCAGCCAUUGUGGCAUUGUCUCAUUUUAAAAGACCUGAUGUAUCAAUCCAAGGAGAAGAAGUCACUGUAUAUUCUCCAGAGGAGCGUGAUCUAAUCCCGCUGAGCAUCCACCAUAUGCCCAUUGCAGUUAGCUUUGCAUUCUUUCAGCAGGGAAGCUACCUUUUAGUAGAUCCAAUUGAACAUGAAGAACGGGUCAUGGAUGGACUCUUGGUGAUUGCCAUGAACAAACACCGUGAACUGUGUACCAUUCAGUCCAGUGGUGGAAUUAUGCUUCUAAAAGAUCAGGUUCUUCGUUGUACUAAAAUAGCUGGAGUGAAGGUGGCAGAGAUCACAGAACUAAUCCAGAAAGCUAUUGAAAACGAUAAAAAUGUCAGGCAAAAGGGUGGGAAGUUUGGAUUUGCAGAAUCUGUACCAAACAAGAGAAUUACUACUUUUAAACUUGAAGAAGUUGCUGUACAUACAGAAGGUGUAGAAGAGCAAGCUGAAGAAAUUGUGUCAAAGGCUGAAACAUCACCACCAAUCAUUCCAAAACCAAUUGUGCGUGCUCCUGGGACAGGUCAAAUUGGGGAGGGAAUUCAAAAUGAAUGGAUGAUCAAUGAUCUGGAUGAAGAGGAUGAAGAAGAUGAAGAAGAUAUUGUUCCUGAACUAGAUGCCCAGAGUUUGAGUCAUGAAGCUAAAGUUGUCCAACUGUCGGACAGUGAAGAGGAAGAAAUGAUAAUAUUGGAACCAGAAGGACAUCAAAAGGAAAGAAAGAUAAAAUCUGAAGAAACACAGCAAAAAACAAGCAAAAUAUCUCAAAAAAAGAACAAGAAAACACAGAAAAGAAAAAGAUCGCUACUGUGAUAUUUGUUUUGUAAUAAAUUGACAUGAAUUAUUACAUUAACUUUUUAAUGUGUUGCAUCUUUACUGUGUUCUCUAAAGAGAAAAUUUGUAAAAUUAUACCAUUACAGGUAUGCAGAAGUAGAUUUGGUGUGCCUAUGAUUUUAUGAAACCAAAUACAUUUUGAAUUGGUAGAAUUGCUGAAUUGAGUUCUUUCUUAAAACUUGUGGAAUUUUUGCCUAUUUAUUGAAAACUGGCAAAUUAAUUUAAAUGAUAUAGCAAGCUUUAAAUUCAGAUUCAUCAUACAUCACUGUUUUAAUAGCAUUAUAUUUGCUACUAUUUGAAAGUUAAGCCUACAGAUUUUGUUAUUUCUGUAUACCUUCCCUUCAGAAUAUGAUAGAAUUACAUUUAUUUUCACCUUAAAUUUUUAUUCCAAACAAGGCACUUGGAAUAAAGAAUAAAAUCUUAAUUGGUGUCUGAUUGUCUUUUAUGACUUGUGACAGAUACAAAAUUCUCAACAGAAAGAGGAUUUUGCUUUCUUGCAGUUUAAAUUUAGAAUGACGCAGUCUGAUCAUUAUACUUUUUAAUAUAGUGGGUUAAAAAUAUGUUUGGUACCUUGAUUAUUACCUUUUUUAUGCAGAAUAAAGAACAAGAUACUAUUUUUAUUAUGCCUUUAGCAUUGAAAGGCCAAGGCACAGGAAAAUGUAGGAAUCAAGUCAAAUGAGGAUGCACCAGGAAGACCAUUAUUAGUGAAUAUUAUUGUGUUCAUUGGAAGCAUCACUUCUUUAAAAGUAAAAGCUGCUGCGAAAUUACUUUAGACUUUACUAUUCUUGAUGAGUUUUAAAAUAGAGAUUUGUUGUUUUGAAAUCUUGAUGCUAAAACCCAAAUAAAUAAUUUUCCAGACUUUUCCUGCCUAAAUUUUGCAGGACUUUAACAGGAAAUGAAUGCUUCAGUUUCUGCACACAAUCCAAAGACCCUACCAGUUAGUAGGGUAAUUGCACAUUGUAAAUUGUCCUGUGAUUAGGCUAGAUGGGUUGCUGAGCAGCUUGGAAUAUUGGGUCGGAAGGCUCUUUUGAGCACUGUAUCUCCAAAUAAGUUGCAAGUGAAAUAAAAAUUUGAUAUGACUUGUGUGUAAUGUAGCUAUUUAAUCAUGUUCAGUCAUAGUCUGAAAUCAAACACUUCAACCCAACAAGUCUUCCCUGACCAUGUGCACCCAUUUUACACGAAUCUCAUUUUAUUGUCCCUACAUUUUGUCAAUUCCCCUCCAAUUUUACCACUUGUCUACCCAGAAGGUACAAUUUCCAGUGGCCAGUCAAUAUUCCAACUUGCACAUAUACCUGGCACAGCAGCAUUUAGUCAACUAUUUGCAGGCCUUCAUAUACUGUCCUCUAAUCCUUUGUACUGGCAGCUAUUGUUUGUUUGUUUAGAAUAGUUGUGCAAAAAAGCGCCU